AUGGCGCCACUUCCGCAAGAAAAGUUGCUCUAUGAGAAUGAUGAUCUCGAGUUGGUCGAUUCCUUCUCGAAAAAAGGAUAUCGCACCAAACCCAUCCUCUAUGUCAAUGGAGAAAAGGUCCCCGAGGAUCUGGCAGCUAAAGCACGAUCCAAUCAAACACUCCUGUCCUUCCUCAGAGAUGUCAUGAAGUUGAGGGGCUCCAAGUUGGGAUGUUCCGAAGGCGGUUGCGGAGCUUGCAGCGUCAUGAUUUCCAAAAAGGAUCCCAAAAGCAACCAAGUCAAGCAUUUGGCAGUCAAUGCCUGUCUCAUGCCCGCCUUGGCAGCUGAUGGAUGUCAUGUCACGACCGUGGAAGGAAUUGGCACUGUCAAGGGGGGGUUGCAUCCCGUCCAAAAGGCCAUGACGGAUCUCCAUGGAUCCCAAUGUGGAUUUUGCACCCCCGGGAUUAUUGUUGCCAUUUACUCCUUGUUUGCCAGCAAUCCAUCCGCAAAGUACAUUGAAGAACAUUUGGAUGGUAACUUGUGUCGCUGCACUGGUUAUCGUCCCAUUUGGGAUGCCGCACGAUCCUUGUGCGACGAUGCCGAAGACUUGGUCAAGGGUCCCUGUGGCACGGCCUGUCGCGAGUGUCCCGAACGACACGAUUGCGAACAAGAUUGCAAUGUCGAGGAUAAAAAAGCAGCAGAGGAAAAGUCUGUGUGCUCUUCAUCGGUCGACAAGUUGCCCCUGAAGAAGGAAUUCGAAGAGGGCAAGAGCAAUUGGGUGGAUCAGCCGAAUGACAUGUUUCCAAAGGAUCUUAUGGAUGAGAAUUCGGUAACUUCCAUUGCUUUGUCCAAGCCAUUAAUGAUUGUGGAUCAAGUAGAAUAUCAAGGAUCGGGAACUUGGUUCAAGCCAACUACUUUGGAACAAUUGCUAAGUCUACUCAAGGAAUUUGGAGAAGAUGGACAAGGAGGAUACAAGCUGGUCGUUGGAAACACUGAAGUUGGAAUUGAAACUCGAUUCAAGCAUUCGAUUUACCCACGAUUGAUCUCUCCUGCCGAGACUGUGGAGUCCAUCUUUGAUUUCACCGUCACUCCCGAAACAGUGAUGAUUGGAGGCUGCACACCGCUCAGUCAUGUCCAGCACGAAGCGGAAGCAGCGGCCAAAGAUCCAAAGUACACCCGCACAACCAUGCCCAUGCACGACAUGCUUCGAUGGUUUGCUUCGACCCAAAUUCGCAACGUUGCCUGUUUGGGAGGAAACUUGGUCACCGCAAGUCCCAUUUCCGACAUGAACCCAUUGUUGGCCAGUUUCGGUGCUUCCCUGGUCCUUUCCAAGUUGUCGGGUAGUGGUGUUUCGAGACGCAAGGUUCCAGUUCCAGAGUUCUUUUUGAGUUACCGCAAGGUCAACAUUGAGCCAGGAGAGAUUGUGGAGAGUGUUGAGGUACCAGUCUUGAACAAGUACUUUGACUACGUCAAGCCAUUCAAGCAAGCAAGACGAAGGGAAGACGAUAUCAGUAUCGUUACCUCUGGAAUGCACAUUCGUGUGGUUCCGAAGGAUGGUGCCUUUGUCAUUGAGCAUGCUUCCUUGGCGUUUGGAGGAAUGGCGCCUACGACUGUCUUGGCCAAGGAAACCGCCAAGGCCUUGGUUGGAUCGGAAUUCAGCCGCAGUACCUUUGACAAGGCCCAAGAAGUUUUGAUGAAGGAAUUCAAUUUACCAGAAGGAGUACCAGGAGGCCAAGCUGCUUACCGUAUUACUCUGGCGGCAUCCUUUUUGCAGAAGAUGUAUUUUGCGGUUGCUGUUGACCUCAAGGCUGACGCGGAAGCCAUUGCCGCUGAUGCUACGGACGCGGCUAAAUUUCCAUCUCCUCUCCCAACUGUUGUGGCGCUGGAUGAAGAGGAAAUUUCUGGUUUGGAUAGUUUUCUCAGCGCUCCCAAGCCUACUUUGGUCGGAGUCCAAAAGUACCCCGCACCAAAGGUUGCCGAUGGUCUGGAAAAGGAAAUUCUUCCAGCUGCCAGUGUUGCAGGCAAGGAUAGCGCAUCGGCUGUUGGAAAGCCAUCUGUUCACCAGUCGGGUUCCCUUCAUUGCACUGGAGAGGCUCUAUACUGUGAUGAUAUUCCAGAACCUGCUGGCACUCUGCAUGGAGCAUUGAUUCUGUCGACCGCUUGUGGAUGCGUGUUUGAAAAGUUGGACAAGGAAGCAGCCCUUGCCAUUCCUGGUGUCGUUGGUCUUUUCACAGCCGAAGACAUUGAUGUGUUGGGAGGAAAGAAUCUAUGGGGUCCAAUCGCAAAGGAUGAACAUAUUUUCCAUCCAGCUGGAGAAAAGAUUCGAACUGUCGGCCAAGUACUUGGAGUGGUAGUUGGUGAGUCACUCGAAUGCGCUGAAAUGGGAGCCCGAGCAGCGAAAGUGUCAUACGGUCCUGUUGAAGACAAGAUCAUCAUGACAAUUGAAGAAGCAAUUUCUGCCGGUAGCUACUUCGAAUCCACACGUCAUUCCCUCACAAGAGGAGACGUCUCAGUAAUUGAUGGUUUGAAAGACGCAAAGGACUUUGAAGGCACGCCUAAGGUCGGAGACAUUGUAAAGAUUUCUGGAUCCUAUAGUACGGGAGCGCAAGAGCACUUUUACUUGGAGACGAACUCUACCUUGGCCGUUCCUUCGGAAAGUGACACGAACCUUACUAUCUAUGCCUCGACCCAAGCCGCCACAAAGACGCAAACGUAUUGCGCGUCAUCCACUGGCACGCCAGCAUCAAAGGUAGUGUGUAAAGUCAAACGUCUUGGAGGUGGGUUUGGAGGUAAAGAAACCCGCAGUGUGUUCAUUUCUUGCGCGGCCGCAGUUGCAGCAAAGAGGACUGGUCGAGCUGUGCGAUUGACCCUACCAAGAAAUCAGGAUAUGCUCAUCAGUGGCCAUCGGCACGCAUUUGUUUCGAAGUACAGUGCCAGCGCCGAAAUCACAGAGGAAGGUCCCAAGCUACUAGCCAUGGACAUUCACCUUUACAACAAUGGUGGAUAUUCACUCGAUUUAUCUGGCCCUGUUUCGGAUCGUGCCGUAUUCCACUCGGAUAACGUGUACUUCUUUCCAAACUUUCGCGUGGAAGGUGUGGCCUGCAAAACACACCAGGCAUCGCAUACUGCAUACCGUGGAUUUGGAGGUCCCCAGGGGAUGGCCCCUGCAGAGCAUGUAAUGGAGCAUCUCGCACAAGUUUGCAACCUCGACGUUGGGCUAGUCCGAAGGCUGAACAUGUACAAGGAAGGCCAGGCAACCCAUUUUGGACAAAUUUUGGGAGAGAAGCAAAGUGGCAAAUGGAACGUGCCUAGAAUGUGGGACAAACUCUGGGCCGAAUUGGAUGUUGAAAAGCGCCAGAAUGAGAUUGCGGAGUUCAACAAGAAGAACAAGUAUCUAAAACGAGGUGCGGCUCUCAUUCCAACCAAAUUUGGAGUCGCGUUCACCGCCAAGUACAUGAAUCAAGGAGGAGCAUUGGUUCAUUUGUACACUGAUGGGACCGUUUUGGUGUCCCAUGGUGGUACUGAAAUGGGCCAAGGAUUGCAUACCAAGGUGUGCCAAGUGGCAGCGCAAGCAUUUGGCAUUCCUAUUGAAAUGGUCUAUGUCAACGAAACGGCCACCGAUAAGGUUGCCAACACCAUCCCCACUGCAGCAAGUAUGUCCACAGACCUGUAUGGCAUGUGUACCUUGGAUGCCUGUCGACAGAUUGUCAAGCGUCUUGAACCAUACCGAGAAAAGUUGGGACCUGAGGCAAGUCUUGCCUCGAUCGCAUCGGCAGCUCACAUGAAUCGUGUUGACAUGUCCGCGCAUGGUUUCUUUGCUCCCGAUGAUUCCCGUGUAGGCUUUGAUUUCACUGUUGAAAAGCCAGCAGAUUAUCCAGCUGACAAGCCUGAGAACUCUUGGAAGGGAAAUCCAUUCAACUACUUCACCCAAGGAGUUGCCUACACCGAAGUCGAAGUUGAUUUCUUGACUGGAAACCAUCGAACUCUGAUUUCCGAGGUCUUGGUGGACGUCGGAUCGAGUGUGAAUCCUGCAAUCGACAUUGGUCAAAUCGAAGGAGCCUUUACUCAAGGAAUGGGUUGGAGUACGAUUGAAGAGGUGGUCUAUGCCGAUGAAGAUCACAAAUGGGUGCGUCCUUAUGGAACCAUGUUCACUACUGGACCAGGCACAUACAAGAUUCCAGCAUUCAACGACCAACCCGAGAUCUUUAACGUUUCACUAAUGGAGGACGUCGACAACCCAUUUGCUGUACACAGCAGUAAGGCUGUUGGAGAGCCACCAUUCUACCUUGGUGCCAGUGUUUUUUAUGCAAUCAAGGACGCUGUUCGACGGGCUCGUGCAACCCCAGGAUACUUUGAGUUCCGCUUGCCUGCCACCAGCGAACGAAUUCGCAUGUCAGUGAAUGAUGAAAUCUCCAUGAAAGCAAAGAAGCAAGUGAUUGGAGACGAACGAGAUGCAGCUGAAUACCAAGUUCAAGGCAGUUUUUAA